AUGCCUCUUCCAACAAACGAUGAAGACUGGGCAGAUUUGAUCGCCAAUACCAAAGAAUCACUUCCCGAGACCUUUGUCGUGCACCAUUCUCCAGUUCCCUCCGCCAUCCACCGUCUGAUUGACCAUACCCUGUUAGCGUUGUCUGCCACUGAGGAACAAGUAGAAAUCUUGUGCGCAGAAGCCUGCCAGCACCGGUUUGCCUCGGUUUGCGUCCGCCUAGAGCACGUCAAGCUCGCAGUGGAAAAGCUCAAAGCAUGUUCAGAUGUCGCGGUAGACUGCGUCGUCGGCUUUCAUGAAGGCAUGUACGAGACUUCAGAAAAAGAGCAAGAAGCAGCAAAGGCAAUCGAGCUGGGGGCACGGGAGCUGGAUAUGGUGAUCAAAUGGCCGUUGUUGAAAACAGGCAAUUACAGCGAAGUCUACUCGGACGUGCUGGCCGUACGGAGAGUGGUAUCUCCGCCGAUCAAAUUAAAGGUUAUCCUAGAGACGUCGCAACUCACUCGUGAACAGAUCAUCGCGGGCACAACCAUAGCAGUGAUGGCGGGGGCCGAUUUCGUCAAGACCAGCACGGGGUUCAAAGGGCAGGGAGCCACCAUCGACAACGUAGCUCUCAUCCGAGCCACGACCGAUGCAGUCGGAGGAGGAUGCAAAGUCAAAGCCAGUGGAGGCGUGCGGUCGGCAGAAGACUGCGUUCGAAUGCUCAAAGCGGGCGCUCAUCGAGUCGGAACAAGCUCGGGAACGAGAAUCAUCCAGGAGCUGGGCGAAGAGGAGUUACAGGAACAAGGAGCAUCUCAUGCCUUCCAUCCAUUCCAACCACCACCGAAAAAAAGAUCUGCACCUUCAUCGCAGGCCAAACAUCUUCUCCCAUACCCACCGAUCUCUGGCUUUCUUUGUCCUCUUUCUCAGGAAACUGACCUCCCACAGAAACGAAAAACCCUUCACGAACACAGCCCAGGUGGUCAACAUGGAAACGGCGAUGAAGUGUUCACUUCCAAGCCUACUGCUGUCUUUACUCCCAGUGGAGGAAGAUCCCAUACUCUAAGUGUUGCUAUUCCUGGUAGCAUCGUGGGCAAUGCCAAAUCUAUCGAGCAAAAAACUCUCCUCGCAGGUGCCAUCGCACGUGCUCUUGCUGUCUUCUGUGUGGACGAAGUUGUCGUCUUUGACGACGACGAGAGUAAAGGUCAUAAUGACUAUGAUGAACACGAAGAAUAUGAAUCCACUGUAGCCGAUACCAACAGCCUUCUCAGUGGGAACUACGUCCCUGCGAAAGGCUUUACCGCCUACUCUGACCCGUCUCACUUCCUGGCCCAUCUGCUGGCGUACCUCGAGACACCACCUUAUCUGCGCAAACACCUCUUCCCUAUGCAUCCAAAUCUUCGCACAGCUGGUCUGUUGCCUAGCCUGGAUAUGCCCCAUCAUCUUCGCGCCAAUGAGUGGUGUGACUAUCGCGAGGGCAUUGUCGUCUCUGGCGAUCAAAAGGGCCACGGGGGUCAUGGCAACGGCAAGAUGAGCCGACGUCAUCGUAACCAGGAGAACCACGGUACCGUUGUUGACACUGGCCUAUCCCAAAAGGUGGUUAUUCCAGACGCCCAGCUUCCUGAACACGCACGUGUCACCGUGCGGUUUUCACAGCAAGGUGCGGACCAGGCUGAGCCUGUGCCUCCUUCAGCGCCCCGUGCCGAGGCAGGGUACUACUGGGGUUACUAUGUGCGACGUUGCAAGUCACUGUCCUCUGUUUUCACUGAGUGCCCCUUCGACGGUGGUUAUGAUUUGUCGUUUGGUACUUCAGAGCGAGGAGCACCUCUCUCGCACGUCCUCGAGGAGGAGGAGCCUACCCACCCUGAGUACAAGCAUCUUCUCGUUGUCUUUGGUGGUGUGGCAGGUCUUGAAAAUGCGAUCCGAAAUGACCGUCAGCUCUGCGACAUGUCCAUCAGUCCAAACGACGCGGGUAAGCUGUUCGAUUACUACGUCAACCUUCUCCCAGGACAGGGGAGUAGGACAAUCCGUACCGAAGAAGCAGUCUGGCUGGGCCUGACAAGUCUUCGAGGCUUGGUCGAUGGCUCUGCGCGACCCAAGAAGUGA